GGCUGUGAAGGAGUAUGAAGGCAUGCUUCGUGAGUUUUGCUGGAUGAAUUUUUGAGUUGAAUCUAAAUCGGUUGACAAUUUAAGUAGAUAUCACCAUUGGCUGGCUGAAGCCUAACAAGUGCAUGGAGAUUGUGGUUUAUCGAAGAUCUAAUGAUAAAAAAUCAAGACAUAUCACACAUGAGAUUUGAGAAGCAUUGACAAGUCUCACAGUUGUGUAUCUUUUCGAAGGAAUUGAAGAGCUGACAAAGGAUGUCAACGUCGCGCGUGUUUUACGCCAGCGGUGCCGGCCCGGGCGCGGAGACGGUCGGCCGGCCUCGGCAGUCGCCGUUCGGUGGCGGAGCGCGCCGCUCGGCCGAGCCGGGCCCAGGGCGCGAGCGCCGUCCGCCGCAGCAGCUGUACGUGCCGCCGCGACACCGGCAGGGCGGCGCCAGCAGCGGCUUCAACCGCGCCUCGUCACCCGGCCUGUCCACCUGCUCGGAGAUAGUCACCUCGUGGCGGGCGCGCGCCACGCCGCCGCGCGCCUCCUCGCCGGGCCCGCUGAGCCCGAGCGCGGCCCGUCCGCCGACCGGCCCGCGGCGGCGACUCUCGCAGCAGGCCAGUGACGGCGGCGGCGGCGGCGGCGGGGCGUGGCGACAGAGCGGCGACAGUCUGAGUCAGUCGCGGCCGUCCAGUCGACAGGGCAGUGUGGAGCCCGCCGGGUCGCCCCGCAAACGCUCCGGCCGACGGCGGCGGCGCAGCGGGCGCCGCUCGCGCUCCAAGUCCGGGGACCGGCCGGCCAGCGCCGCCGAGCCGAUGUCGCCGUCACACGCGCCCUGGCGGCGCGACCACCGCGACUCGUGGGACGGCGGCCAGCCGCCGCGCCCGUCGUCACCGCGCGGCCCGGCCCGGCCCCGGUUCCAGCAGGUGUAUGUGCCGCCGGCGCGGCGGGACGGCGAGAGUCCAGCUCCUCUGGCGGCGGCGCCGCGCCCCGAGCUGGACCGGCCCAGUCCGGCGCACCAGCCGCCGGGCGGCGGCCGCGGCCGGGGCGUCCACACGCCUCAGAGAGUCGCCUCGCCGGCACCGACUGCGGCGUACUCCCGGCCGAGUCCCGCGCCGCCGCCGCCGGGCGGCCCGCCGCGGCGACCGCCCGCCGGGGACGAGCCAGGCAGCACAGCCUCACUGGGAAGGCGUGGCAGCUCGCGGCGCCGGCGGCGCGGCCGCGACAGCGGCGCCGCGGCUCCGUCACCGGCGCCCGACCGCCGCUCCAUGUCGCCCACCGAUCUGAUCGCCAGUUUGCAGCUGGAGGGUGCCGGGUCCGCACCGCUGGCGCCGGGGUCACCGGCCGGCCGCGCGCCCGCCCUCAGCGAGCCCCAGUCGCCCACAGACGUGAUGGCCCACCUGGGCGUGCGGCCGAGCCCGCUGCUGGCGCGCACCGACAGCCUCGGACAGCUGGUCAACACCACCGACGACGAGAAGGUGACGCUGGGCGGCGGCCGCGGACGGGGCAGGGGCCGGCCGCGGGAACGCCAGCCCACCUCGCCCGGCCCGGCCGCCGCUGCCCUGCCCCAGUCGGACGAGGUCAAGGCGGCGCUGCGGCGCCCUCACAGCGCCCGGUCCAAAGAGCGCUGGGCGGACUCUGCGGAUACCGAGCGUGGCCCGACGCCGACGCCUUCUAAGGUUAUCGUGGGACCCUCUCCCGCUGGUAUGUCCAAUAAGUCUGGGUGUGAUGUGUCGCCGCACCACGUCCAGGGCGCCAUUGUUCGACAAUCUCCGGAGCGGAGUGGGGGAGGACCGGGUCACAUCAGUGCCGGGUCGGCCGGCUCCCAGCCCGCCGUCUCUCAAUCCCCGCCGGCCACAUCGUCACCACUAGAAGGCGUCGCUUCAGCGGCAACAGUGACACAACAGUCGGCAGUGUCACGUGCGCCACCUCUUGCCACCAGCGCAGAAGAACGGACGCCGCCUAGCCACCCAGAUUCCUCUCAAGUGAUGAAUUCACCGCCGGAGCCCCCGUCCGCUGCUCCCGCCGACCCAGCGCCCGUAGCGCCCGCCCCGGACUCCGCACCCGCUGCUGUGGACGCCGAGGGUCCGGAACCGGCCGGCUGUCGCGCGGCCGAGCGGCCGGCCUCUGCGGAGCCGCCGGCGCCGGAGCGGACGCGGCGCCGCUCGUCCGCCUCGUUCAGCGGCCUCUUCAAUCUGAGUCUGGACGAGCCGUUCGACUGGGCCGACGAGGUCGACGAGUGGGAGCGGCGCUUCAACGACGACGGAGAGGCCGCGGACUCGGAGCACAAGGCGCCGGCCAGUCCGGUGAAGCGGCGACCGUCUGCCGGCGGUGGCGGCGGCCGGUCCCGCCGUCCCGACAGGCCCGAGGUCGGCGACGAGCCGCCGUCAGACCCGUCCCUGCCCGCUCACGUUAUCGAGCUCUACAACUUCCCGUCUGGCUUCAGCAAGCAGGACUUCAACGUGGUGUUCGCCGACUUUGUGAGAAGUGGGUUCGAUGUGCGGCCAGUGGACGACCGGCACGCGCUGGGCGUGUUCUCCAGCGCCGCCUGUGCGGCCGAGGCGCUGCGCCUGUGCCACCCGAUGCUGCUGAGCCGGCCGCUUUCGAAGGCGACGGCCCGCUCUCGGCAGAAGGCGGCGGUGCCGGCCAACGCGCAACUGCCGCACCGGGCGCGGCCCGAGACCUCGGCGCUGCACGCCGGCCGAAUGGUGGCCACCGCCCUGGGCGUGCACGCGCCCAGUGACGGCCGCGCUCGACAGCGCCGCGACCAGGAGCGGCGCAAACUGCGUGACGCUAAAGAUAAGAAGCGUCUGGCCAACAAGCAGCGGGACGAUGCGUGGGAGGGCCGCUUUUAACCGCCGUUUGGGCCGCCGAGGCUCAGUGGGGUAGCAUCUUCGGAAUGGCGCCGCCGCUGCCUCUACACAGAGCGUGUUUUGAUGGAUCUUCAAUCAGUGUGAUGGUUUAUAUGACCGGAAUUCGGAUUAGUAGUUACUAUUUAGCACCAUACGUGUCCCACAUUUGAUUGUUUUAUCCCUAUCAUGCUUUGUUAGUUUUUACUGAUAUUUACAUACAUAUAGGAAAUCAUGUGGUUUGGUAAGUAGUAUGCCUUUUACACGGAUGUUUUAAUCACUGACGCUUGUGAUUAAUAUUUAAGUUGUAGAGAUGUAUUGGUUUUGCUACCGUCGUAAUUGGUUUAUAGAUGUGUUAAAUGCGAAUUUACUCUUAAGGACGCGUCGCAUGGGCUAGUUCCUAUUGCGUGCGGCGGGCAUUCGGAGUGUUGACCGAGUUUACAGUGAGCUGUGCCGUCCGAGCGGUCAGGCCGUGGCGCGCAGGCCCAGCCCGGCGCGCCGUGUGGCCGCCGAUGUUCCGGCGGGUUGGCCGGACCACUGGAUGAUCUGACAGGGCUGUGGCUCGUCCUCGUGUUGUUUGUACUGUCUGCCGCGCUCCCAGCGUGUACCAGUGCCGCGCUCCCCCGACCGCCUCCGAAUCCGACAGCCAUCCUCAUCGUGAAAUAUCGAAAAUCAAACGGCGCCACAGUUGGCACAGCGUGCCGUCUUAUCUGAACGGGUGCCAUUUGUCCAUUAUUGCGCAGUGUCCGCAGUCCGAUAUCAAAGUGCCAGACGAGCCGUUCAAGUACCUGGGAGUGUUCACCUCUUCAAUGUGUGGCCGACCAAGCGCAUGUGCGCAGGCGAAUUUUUGUACAAAUGUGAUAAGGUUUACGUGACAUCCGAAGUGUAUAACGUUCCUGGAUUAUGAACAAUACACUAAAGAACUCCG